GGAAUCAUCCACUAUCAUUUUGGAACUGCUCAAAUACUUCUUCAUCUCUGAGCUUUUCAUUUGAUUUUCUCUUCUCUCUACCAGCUUUCGAAGUAUCUCACCUUCAGUCUCUCUUUCUUCAAAGAUCUGCUCUUAACCCAAUCUCUUGGCUGUGCCAUCUUUUACCUUCUUCUCACACAUCAAGAAUACAUUAGUAGGCCAGAUCCUCUGUAAAAAAUAAAAAUAAAGAUUUCGACAAUCAUACCUCAACGAAAAUGAAGUGCAACGCCGUCAUCCUCGCCAGCUUCGCGCUCGGCCAAUCUGUUAUGGCAACAAAUAUCUAUCGUCCUGGUGGCCAUUACCAAGUCCGAGCCUUCAAUGGAUCGGAGCCAACCUUCCCAUCUGGAACUGGACCUUCAUCUGGUUUCGCUCGCCCAACCGGAAAGCCAUCGAAGCCUUGCAAACCUAAGCCAUCUUCGGCAGUAGAAUCUUCAGUUGCACCAUCAUCUGUGGCAGCAUCAUCUGUGGCAGCAACUUCCGCCGCAGCAACAAGCUCCGAAGCCUCUGUCGUCACCUCCGCACCAGCAGUCAGUUCUGACCUUGCUACACCAAGCACUGCUUUGUACACAACCACCAUCACAAACCACCUUUCUGAGACUGUCGUUGUCACUGUGACUCCACAACCCGCAACCUCUAUUCCAGAAGCCUCCGCCUCUGCCUCUACCACUGCCGCUGUUGUACCAACAACCUUGAAGAGUGCCGAUGUAGAUACCUCCUCAACAUUUGUUGCUCCAUCCUCCUCUUCCAAGACCUCAGCCAACUCCCUUCCACCAUACCCAACAACUUUCUCAACCGGCGCUUCUUCAACUAUUGCUUCUACCGGCUUUGCUUCAGGAACCGGUGGUGCUGCCUACCCAACCGGCAGCGCUAUCGCUGCCUACUACCAAUGUGGAGGUAUUAACUACGUCGGAUCCACCACCUGUGUGGAGGGUACCCACUGCCAGGUCCAGAACCCAUACUACUCUCAAUGUAUCUACUACCAGUCUUAAGUGUGCGGAUUAGAAGGGAGAUUUCGUGGGUGAGAUAUUUGGAUGCCAUAGAGUUUGAUUCAUCUUGAUGGAUGACAGUGUAGAGGUUCACUUCUUGUUCUAUCUUUAGAUAGCCCUUUUUUACAAAUACAAAUGACUUUUUACCAUUCUCA